GAGAUCGAUCUCGGCCCGGUUCUCGAGAUCCCUUUGGCGUCCGCGGCGGCGCAACUCUGGUGUCAGUGCGUCCGAGGGCGAGGAGAGAGUCGUCUCGAGUCGCCUGGGAGAUCGCGGGCCAUGCUCCCGCCGGCGGCGAGCGGUCCCGGGCGCGAUCGAUUGCGCGUGUCACGCGACGCGCGGCAUCCGGCGGCGCGACGGGGAAGCCAGGGGAGGCCGCGGUGUCUGUGUCCGAAAAAUGGCUGCCCCACGGGCGCUCCGUGAGGGCCGACCGAGUGCGUCGUGAGGACCGCGCGAGUGCCCGCCGAGUAGCCGAGACCGCACCGGGAAUGGCGGAUCCAGUCGCGUAGCCGGUCAUCGGUGCUCCGCCGGGAGCAGGUCGCGACUCGCUCGCGCGCGGGUGCUCCGUGCCCGAGGGGACGAGGGAGCGAGCGAGAGGGAGCGCGGCGGGGUGGGCGAGUGAGAGAGAGAGGUCCCGAGAGAAAGGCUCAGCCGAGCCGGACGGGGACAGCGGCGGAAAGGUGAGGCGGCGCGAGCUGGCCCGGAGCCGUCAGCACCUAGCAGACGAUAUUACACCCGACUCUACCUGGGGAACCGAUACCGAGGCAUGUAGGCGACGGGAACACGGACCGGAAUAACAACAACACCAUGACGAGCGAGGACCUGCUGCAACCUGGACACGUCGUUAAAGAGCGCUGGAAAGUGAUGAGAAAAAUCGGCGGGGGUGGAUUCGGAGAGAUCUACGAGGGCCUAGAUUUAAUGACGAAAGAACAAGUUGCUCUGAAGGUGGAAUCUGCCCGUCAACCGAAACAAGUCCUCAAGAUGGAAGUGGCCGUGCUUAAAAAACUUCAGGGUAAAGAACACGUUUGCAGAUUCAUAGGCUGCGGACGUAACGACAGAUUCAAUUACGUCGUGAUGCAGCUGCAGGGGAAAAAUCUGGCGGAACUGCGCCGCGCGCAGCCAAGAGGUGCCUUCUCGCUGUCGACCACUCUGCGACUCGGUCUUCAAAUCUUGAAAGCAAUAGAGAGUAUACACCAAGCGGGCUUCCUUCAUAGAGACAUUAAGCCGUCAAAUUUUUCAAUCGGGCGUUAUCCAUACAACACCAGGAUGGUAUACAUGUUGGACUUCGGUUUGGCUCGUCAAUUUACAAUGGCCACCGGUGAAGUGAGGCCCCCUCGAACAGCGGCAGGAUUUAGAGGAACCGUCCGUUACGCCUCGGUCAAUGCUCACAAGAACAAGGAGAUGGGAAGACACGACGACUUGUGGUCCCUGUUUUAUAUGUUGGCAGAAUUCGUCAACGGGCAGCUUCCAUGGCGUAAGAUAAAAGAUAAGGAGAGGGUUGGAUUAAUGAAGGAGAAAUGCGACCACCACGCGUUACUUAAACACCUUCCGUCUGACCUCAAAUUGUUCCUGGAACAUAUUCAGAGUUUGGGAUAUGCCGACAGGCCUGAUUAUACCAUGCUAGCCGGUCUGUUGGAGAAGUGUAUGGCACGCAGAGGUGUGAAGGCGAGCGAUCCUUACGACUGGGAAAGGCCUUUGAUUGCGAACGAAGGACUUCCGACGACCAGGUCGUUACCCACCGUCACCGCACCUCCAGCACUCACGACAGCUACUACGAUCAAUCAUCCGCCAACGACACCCAAUUUGGAUACAAACAAUCAAGAAAACGUCGAACCUGACAACAGAAAAGAGUUAGAAGCACAAUUUGAUUUAGAAAGUAUAUGCGCGAGAAACCGUCAGAGGAGGAUAGAGGGCUCCCCUGUUCCGUUCGCCUCGGCGAUCAGUAACCACGGCCGGGACAAGAAUUGCAAUGCAACGAUUCCAAUUACGGAUAACACGCACCAACAGAGCGGCCAACAAGUCGCAGCGACACCGCUUGUACAAGGUUCGCCAAAGAAAAGGCGUGCAGUAUCGAUGGCCGUGGAGCCGCAGUCACCGGCUACGCCGGCGGAGAAACAAGUCGAUAAUGAAGGGGACGCACUCAUGGCGUCUGCUCGAUCUGCGUCCGAAGUUCCUCGAGUUAAGUCGGUUGCCAAUGCUGCGGCGCCUCUUCGCAAGUCCGCGAGCGGCGCCACUUUCGCUCGCCUGCGAGUGAUGGCAGCACCGGAAGCUGCUUCCGGCGAACCGCCGAGUCCACGGAUACAGACGGAAGCGGAUGCUUCCUAUUGUUCGUACGACGUAACGAACACUAAACAUGUAGGAAACCAAAGUCCGGUAACGGAACAAAGGCAAGCAUUGAAAAGGGACCUCAGAAGACGCACUGAGACGCGGCAGCAAGGAAGAGGUCAUGCGGCGUUGCGGGAUUGUUCCAUCACACAGUUUGCACAAAUUGACGACGAUAAUGUCUCAGCUCUACAGCAAGUGACAAGAGGUGGCGGUGGACUAACCCUGGCAUCGCAGUGGAAGUCGCAGUUCGAUGACUCGGAGGAGACCGACAACGAAUGGAAAGGGGAGAACCUGCAGAGUCCGGAGCACAGAACCACGAAUCCAUCGGCGAUAAUUCCGCAGUCCACAGUUGGUAGCGAGGUCGUAGCAACGCCGGCGUCGACGGGUGAGCCCAACGAGGAGAAGACGGCGGCGCAGCAGCAACCGGCUACGACGACGCCGACCGCUCAGACCGCGCUCUCGCGGAUAAGUGAGGACUCACCGAGACCGACCUCGCAGACGCCGCACAGAUGCCUGAACAUCGCCGGCAUCGAGAAGUACCCGGAGCUCCAGGGUGUCUUGCCUCGGGCUUGGAGCGUACCGGCGCUGGCGCCGCACGUUCGUGGCCAUCUUGAGGCACCUUUGGUCCAACAGGCAGCUUUCGACGAUUCAUUGUACAAAGUCGACGUGAUGAGGAAUAUUGCCACACGAGACGACGAGCCGAAAGAGAGUCCUCCGGCGAGGCGGGCGAGUGUCCCCGCGGUUGCGUUCGCCUCGAUUAGCACGGCUCCCGAAACUCCGGUCGGCGACGAAGAGGAACAAGCAGUCGCGGGAAGACUGGAAAUCAGAGUAGUGGAUGCCACUGGCGGUGCCACGGUCGUACAAACCAGCGCCGACAAGGAGCCGUUGCAGAGGAAGUUGACGAAUGGCACUAUAGGUAGUCCGGCGAGUCCAAAUCCUGGACCGGAGGAGUCUUCGGUGUAUUACGAUGCCACGGAGAAUCGCGCCCCCUCGAACGGAAUGCCGAACGGAACUCUGGGGAACGCGUCGACUGCGACUACCGUUCCAAGUGCCAUGCCCUUGCGCGAACACAAGGACAAUAAUAAGGAAAAGGAGGCUCCUGCCAGGCCGCAUGUCACUUACAGUAAAAUACCGGUGCCGGUCAAAAGUCCCAAGUGUUCACUAUCCGAGUCCACGCCGGAUACGAACACGUUAAAUACCAAAACCGGGACCGGAAGUGAGCCUGAUAAGUCUCCAGCACCGACAAUGCAAUCCAAAGAUAGAGAUACAGCUACCAAAGGCAAAUCCUUGACAGUGCUGCCGGAGGCGCCGACGCUGCGACGCUGCUUGACGCUGCCGGACGCUCGACCUCCUGUACCUCCGCUGACGUCCACCAGCUCCACCGACGAGGAGAACUUGACCGGGUGCACGCCGGCCCUUCGACGACGCCGACUCAGCGAGAAGUACGUUACGGACGUCAGCCAGCUCAACCUGAGGUUCCAGAGGCCUCAACGCAGGACGAGGCCCAACUCCGAGGUCCUCUCCAGAUUCUACCCCAGGGGUGUACCUUCGCAUCUCCUCGGCGAGGCUGGCAAGAGGAACGAGGAGAGCAGCGACAACGACUCCGACAGCAGCGAGCCACCGAAUCCUCAGCCUCCGCCUCCGCCGACGACACUACCGCCUCAUGUAGCAGAAAAUAACGCUAGGUGCCGCAGAUUUAGGCCUAUGCCGGAUGCAACGGUAGUGACCAGGGAGUCGUGAGACUUAACGUUGGGAUCCUGCAGAAAUCCUCUUUUGCGUUACAAUCGACGAAGUUCUACCACAGCCAACUAGGAAUGUGAUACCUUUUUGGAUCGAAUAAGUACGUAGGCUUUCUAGUAGCUGAAAACACUCGUGUAAAACUUGAAAAAGACUUUCGCGCGAGAGGGGGCCGCUCUCACCUCCCUCGACGUUAUAAAUCGAAGCUACGUUGUAUUUACGGAUUACAGUGACAAGCGAGUUGUCAUUACUGUAAGGUUUCCAGGUGACAAAAUUGACUUACAACCAUACGGCCGAGUUUGGUGUUACCGAGUUUACGUUUAGUAUUGGUUUCUCCCCAUUUUCGUCCGAGGGUGUUGUUUCUUUCUUUUUUUGGUUUUUUACUUCGCGAUGGGUACAAUCCGACGAGAUUGGUAACGGACCGUGGGUGCUUUCGUAAAAUCGAACGUGGAGGCGAUUAUUAAUUCUACCUCCUCUCUGUGGUUAUACAACCAAUCAUGACAAAUCGUCCAUAUUGACGUACCCUCGCAAGAAUUUACAAGGAGAGGAAAAUUACCUCCGGAAGGAAGAUAGGAAAAUUGUUUUUAAAUGCCAGUCGAGCUAAUCGAUAUAAAGGAAUCCUUUGUGGGAUUUCUUUCAGACGGGGAAAAAGCUGGCUCUUUUAAAUGCCCAACUGUUUCAGCUGCUGAUAAUCGAAGUCUCGAUAUUGGCUGAUGUACCCGGAAGAAUCUUUACAAAUUAUCUAUUGACAUUCAUUCGGAUUCAGAUUUGUAAGUCAGGACGUCACGCAAAUUCGCUGUGCUCUUGAGCAGGCUCUCUUAAAUGAUGAUUAAUGCUUGUCAAUAGUUCAGAAUGUUAUUCACACGGUGCAGAGUAAGAAUUUAAUUGUAUGUCCAUGUUUAUAGCGGAUUCCUCCGUUCGGGUUUACGAAAGCACGUUUCUUUUUUUUUUUUCUAGUUUGUACAUUAAGCACAAAAUUGAAAGCCAGUCCCAAGAAUCAUCCUGCUUGCCUUCGAGCGUGCAAUCAUUCGACGGAGCCCCGAAUUUAUCCGAACUUUGUCACAAGAAAGGGCCCAAAAAGUGCGCCAUUAUAAGAGGAACCUAAAGAUGCACCUCAAACGGAUUCGCAUCACCUCGGAACGAACCUUCGCAGAGAGGAUCUUCCGGGAAAAGGAGGCUGUGGAUCCUUGGACCUGUAAUUCUAGAGGGUCUUGAGUAAAAGGUCGAUCAUACUCCUGAACGCAAACGCAAACAUAUUUCAAUGCGUUCUACGCCACCCUCGGUUCAAUAAUACCAAUAUGGACAUUUUCGUUCAAACGCAAUUUACCACCCGAAAUAUCACCUUCCAUUAAUGGUGAAUUAUUAGUAAAAUUAGUAAAAUCCAUUAAUGGUAAGAUAAAAAGAAAUUCGCUUAUAAUUUCUGUUUCGAGAUCCUGCAAUAUCCUUUCUUCUCGAUCAGCGAAAUAAUCGAAAUUUAAAUUCAUAUUCAGAGAGAGGAAAAUAUCGACCGAAGGAAAAAUGAGAGAAUUAGCUGAACGCGACGAAGGAAAGUGCGUUGGAUGCCACUCUGACUUGUCUUAUUACUUUGUUUGGCUUAUAAUUUUCACUUUUGCGGUUACGUUUCAUGAGUAUGACUGUCCCAUUAACGACAGAGUCUCGGCUAGAGCUUUAGUCCGCUUGACAUAUUGACUAUACUACGUAUAUUAACACGGAGCUUGAUUCCCGCGCGAAAAGGGACGACUCGGUAGGCGAGCGUGCAAUGUUUCACAUUUAGUUGUUAACCCGUACACGCGGUUUAUUUUGUUUUAAAAUGUAUUUAUUACGUGCAAGAGAGACGCUGCUUCUUGUAACGCGAGAAUCCUGAGCUAUUAACGCUGCUAAUAUCGGCUGAUACUAAAUGCGAGUUUCCCACGUGUAAUAAUCGGCGAGGUGCAAUUGGCACGGUGUGCUUGCUCUCUCGGCAUUCGUGUAGUGUAUGUACACUGAAAACUAACGUGCGGCUUAAGAAUUACACGGAAAGAUUUUGCAUAUCUCGGGAGACAUCACGGAAAAGAAAGAAAAUACCCUGAGCGAAAAGACCACUUACUAUUACUUUCUAUAAAAAGGGGAAUUCUCGUGACGUAAAGAUGUUGACUCUCUGUUAUCAGCCAAAGAAAUUGUGGGACUGAUUGAACGAAACUGAUAGAAAUUUCUUGAGCUCAACUUCAUCUGGUUUUCAUCUUAUAUUAUUAUUAGAUUUUCGGUAUUUAAACGUUUUGCAAAGUAACGUUGGUUCGCGGUGAAAAAUGAAGACUGGAAGAAUUUCUUAUGGUUUUGUAUCAAUUUCUCGCUCAGGGUGGAGAAAUGUUCAAACGAGUAAUCGCGUUGCACUUUCGGCGAGAUUUUACACCAUGUGUAUGUUCUUACGAAACUUAUUGUACGGAGACUCGGAUAUGUAAAACUUGUAAUGCCUUCCGCCGGAUUAAUCCGGAUGUGUAAGACUCUUUCCGUUCUUUCUUAACAAUUAUCGUUUAAAGGCAUGGAGACCAUUUCCGGCGAAAUAAUCUCGGAGUGGCUCCGCAGGACCUGGGCGAGUGUGCUAGUCUUGGAUUAUUUAACAUUGAACUCGAGGAAAGGCAACAAUAUUUAGGUAGUAAUGACUCUUAAGUUGUAAUGUACGGUUUGCGAGUAUCGAGUCGUGUCGGACCUUCGAUCCGACCCAGAAACGUAAUGUAUUUAGAGGUAAAUUGAAGGUAUUUGCGAGGGUGCGCUCCAAAACGAGGCAACGAGGGUCGUCGUUAAUCCUGUCCGUUCUGCGUUCGCGAGAUUUCGCGAUUUUCCCGAUUUUCCCUGAAACACUGAGAGCAGAUGCACCCUGUAACUUGUCCGUACACUUUUGCGAAUCGCGACUCGAAUUUCGCGAGAUUCUGGAAACCUCGACUUGAGCAUUUAAAAAGGAAGGAAAGACACGUCGAAGUGUGUCGCGUACGCCGACUGAAAGUUUCGCCGCUUUUUUUUUUUGGUUUUAAUUCCAACCGAUCCGAAGAAGGUAUAGUCAAAUCAAGAUCAAUACAGCUGAUAAGUGUAUGAAUCUGAUAUCAGCUGAUUAUCGGUGAUCGGUGAAGUGACUCCGGGAUCUCGAAUAGCUUUCUCCUCUACGGAGAAAACUAGCAUCGAAGCUAGUUUCCUUUUUCUUUUGUAUGUUACUGAAAAGAAGAAUCUUGCAGACUUCAUUUCAUGUCACGCCAGGAAUUCUGUUGAUUGACUUGUCAGUAAUGUGGGAAAUUAAUAGGGUUAAUUUAUGUACUUAAUCGACGAUUAGUGAUGGAAUGAAUGUUAGAUAUGCGAUUUUCACUAGAAACGGCAGCUUUUUUUUUAUUUUACCUGUCCUUGCUUCUCACUCUUGGGUUGUCUACAACCGAAGGGACAGGGAGAGAAGUGGGGGGGAGUUGACCAAUCAGGGAAGGGAAUAAGCGACGGAGUGGGGGAAGUCAGCUGAUCUCCCGGGGUCACUUCGCCCAGGGCGAAUGCUUUGCACUGUCGAUUUAAAUUAUCGUUCCCAAUCAGGGCUCACCGAGCAAACAAUUGUUUUUCCACUUUCGUCGCUGCCUGCUUCGUCGUUGAUACGAUAAAGCAGACUUGUGAAGGGUUCACUUAAUGAGAAUAUUUCAUAAGCACCGCUAGACUAAAACGAACUAAAAAAAAAAACAGAAAAAAGAGGAAAAAGAAAUAAUAUAUUCAUUGACUUCUAACGUGAGUUUGACCUCAUUUAUACGUACAGUUUAUGUUCUUGCGGAUUUUCUGUUUCUUCUGCAAAAUCCGGUCAGGCGAAUGCAACCGCAUACGUGGACAAUUGAUGUCAUUUACCAUUAUUUAUUUAAAGAACCGCACGAAGUGAGGGCAACUGUAUAUACCUAUUGACCUCGUUCUCUUUCUUUUCUUGUUGACUCUUUUUUCCUUUAAUUUAAUUUAUUAGUUAACUAGAUCUGGUCAUCCUGCGGUACAAUCAAAUUGGCAAACAGUGUAAAGCCACGACUGCAGAUUUUAAUCACUAUAAGAUAACGUCAACAGGCAUCUUACCGUCGGCGAGUCGAACAAAACGUUAACAACAAUAAUUUACUCAAGAACAAUAUAUUUUUUAAUUCGUAUUGCAUAGCAUAACCAGUACACCCGCUGUUAAUAUAAUUGAACAAUUAUUGGUAAACAAAACCUUGAUUUCAACCUCGUAAAUUUGUUUUGCUGCAACAGCCAAAUUAGAGGCACAUUAUAUAUGGCGCCACCGACAUUUUUUUUUUAAUAAUUAUUUAAGUUCGUUAAAGUAAUAUAUAAAUUGUAAACGUCUCGACAAUUGAUUGGAAGCGACGAUGCUGUGCAAAUGAGGCGAUAGAAAUUCAAGGAAAAAAAAAUUAACUGUCCAAGUAGUCGAAUUAGCGGAGUAAAGAGGCGGUGGGCGCGACUUUACUAUUUCGAUUUAAAGGAUGACACUAAAUCGCUUAAACGCUGAGUAGCGUCAGCUCUCAUUUUCCGAAAAUCUCCAUUCCAAGCAAAACUGUCGAAAAAACUUACAUCCGAUAGUGAACGAGUUUAAUCAUUGUCGAAUAAUCGACGUCAAUACAUAGGACACGAUAUAUUUAAACCUAGAGAAAAGGAGAUCGUUUCUCUUCGAAUGGAACGCUUAGUUGGUCCUUUUCGAUUCCUUGAUGACUCGAUCGAUUGUAAAGCCCUAGACACUAGCCAGCUCUAGCGAAGAUCUGAAAUAAGCGUAAAUUGUCGCAAUUAGCGGAUACCCCGACUUUCGUUUGUUCGGCAUAAAUUGAUAAGUGAUCCUUCGAAAAAUCUCUACUCAUUCAGAUCAUACGACAACUGAUUAGCAUUUCUUCACUGGUACUCGAUUUCCGAUCGAUUGUAAAGUCUUAGACCCGAGCCAGAUGUAGGAAAAGCUGUAAAAAGGAAUAAGCGCAAAUUCCCGCUACUAGCGGCUAUCCCGUUUCUCGUUUAUCCGGUGUAAAUCGAUAAGAGAUAAUAGUUCCUCCGAAGAGUUGCUCCUCGCGAGAACAAGAUGGCGGCUGAUUAACAUUUCCGCGCGAUCGCUUCCGUUGCCCUUGCUGCGACUUGCUACCGUAAACCCACGAGGUUAGGCACGAGCCAGGAACAAAUCUGAAAUAAGCGUCAAUUUUCACCGUCAUCGUUUGUCCCAGUCUUCGUUUAGUCGACAGAAAUCGAUGAACGAUAUUGGUUCCUCCUAAGAGUCGCCAUGGUCCCUCUCGGACAAGAUGGCGGCCGCUCGGCAUUUCCUCGCGAUCGCUUCCACCGACCGUCGAUUUGUGCCUGGUAAUAAACAGACAACGACGAGAAAUAGAGAGAGAAAAGAGAAAUACAUAAAAAGAGAGGUGUCCAGGACUCGCAAGAAUGUCCUCCGCGUUUUCGCCUUCGUUUAGGGACGCGCUGAGAAAGCUCCCGUUCGCCUCGCAAACUUAACCCGAAGAAGUUUAUACAUUAGUUAGCCGAAUUCCGUGAUAAACGAGACUAGUCAACUAAGGCCGCGUAACGCAAUUAUUGCGUGAUAAUCCGUUAUACGGAGGCCUCCGUACAUAAAGCCACGUUGCGUCGCACGAAGCGAGAGGUUAUUAACUCGUAGCAACAUUACCAAGUAGAAGUAUGGCGCUUUGUUGUUAUAAUUUGAGUCACGUUUACAUUGUAAGAGAUGCUAUUCGAUCCCGAGAGGAAGUUUUGUAAGACGCGCGACGAUACGAACCGGAGGCGAGUCUGUCAUCACAAUAAUACAUAUAUAUUAUAUAUAUUAUACAUAUAUAAUAUAUGUAAUAUAUGUAUACGCGUAAUAUCAAAAUGUGUUCUCACGUUGGUCGUAACCGAUUAAUUUUAUUAUUUACACGGCGAUCGACGUCCUUUUGCGCCUUUGGGCGAGAGAAAUUAAAGAAGAAAUUUUCCAUCGUA